AUGGGCUGCGGUGCCUCCGCAGACGUGUCAUCCGCAGUGAGCUUGGUGCCAGGCGUGCCUCGGAUGGAUGCCGAGCCCACCAAUGAAGUGUACGAGGAAGAUUUCGUCAACAGAAGGAUGUCAGAGGACGUCACCUAUGGCCUCAAGGAUCCUGGGGCCUUGGGAGGCUUUCUCCUGGCAGCCAACAUUCGUCCCGUGCGUGCCGAGUACCUCUGGCAUCUCGCCAAGGAAGGCCGCGUGCUGCCGCGCCGGCAGGAAGCCGAGCGCGCGACUUUCGUGGACAAGUCGGGACAGCAGGUGACGGCACUCGUCACACAAGAGGAGAUUGUGGACUGGGAAGAGGAAGAUGCUUUCAUCAUUAGCGUCUCUCAUGCCUGGGAGGCGCUGGAGCAUCCGGAUCCCUGCGCGCACCAACUGCGCACGAUAAAUGACUACACCUCCCUGCACUACGCGGCCCAUGGUGUUCCUAUCUGGCUCUUCUACGACUACACGUCCCUUUUCCAGUACAAGCGCCAGAAUCCGGAGGAAAAUCGGAGCUUCCGCAGGGCCAUGGCCAACAUGCACAUCCUGUACUCCCACGAGUGCACAGACACCAUUCGCGUUGAGAAGCUGACGCCGCAGUCGCUGUGGCAGGGCCAUCUGGAUACUGAGCUGCCCAUCUGGCAUGAGCCAAGCGGCUGUCUUACCUCCAUCCCAGUCCGGCAGCUGACUGCCAACAGUACACCCUACCAGCAACGCGGGUGGUGUCGCGCAGAGGUCGAGUGGAGCAGCGUUCGCAGCCGGACGGCACAAAACGUGCGAAUCGACCGGGUCACAUUGAACCCGGGAGAGGAGCAAGGGGCCAGCAGCAAGAUGCCCACCCCUCCAGACCACUUCAAGGAAGAUCUGGGUGGCCUGACCUUCACGCACCGCAGCGACCUCGACUCCGUCGUCAGGCUCCAGCGGAAGGUUUACCUUGAGAAGGUGGUCAUGCUGGAGGAGGCGGUGUUUCAGAACCUGGAGGUGCAGGAGUUCGCUCUUCUCGCCGAGGGUUUGCACCAUUACGAACGCCUUCGAUCACUGGAGCUGGUGGCCUUCAAAUGCGACGUGGAGGCUGCGGAGCUCCUGGGCCAGGCCCUGGCAGACAGCAGCUCGCUAAAGCGCCUGAAGCUUCAAAGGGCGGACAGUGAUUCCGCGCUGAUCCUAACGAAGGCCUUGGCUCAUGCGCUGAGGCGGAACAGCUCCAUCAAGGAGAUCGAUUUGCAGUACAACAGCCUGUGCGACGAGGGAGCGCAAGCCCUCGCGAAGGCGCUGCCCGUCAACCAGACAAUGACACACAUCGUCUUGGCCAACAACCUCAUUGGUGCCGGGGCACAGGCCCUGGCGGCGGGCCUGAAGGAGAACCGAUCCAUCACCGAGAUCGACUUUGGCUGUAACCAGCUCGGUGACGCAGAGGUCCAGGCCCUGGCGGAGGCGCUCAAGACCAACCGCACACUGAAACGGCUCGGCCUGGGCUGCAACCACGUCACAAAUGCUGGCGUGGAGGCCUUGGCGGAGGCCUUGCAAGUCAAUCGAAAGGUUACGGAGAUCGACUUGCAGUACAAUGACGGCGUCAGCCCCGAUGGCGCUGAGGCCGUCAGCGACGCUCUGCAAGUCCACAAGGCUCUGAGACUGAUUGCAAGGGAUCGAAACUUGCUGCGUGGGAACACGGAGGUAACAGACACCUCUGCGUACGUGGAGGAAGACAGCCGCCCAGGGCGAAAGCCCCCACGCCUGGAGGCCGUGGCCCGGGCGCUGCAAGAGAACCGCGCAGUCACCGCCAUCCACCGGGGAUUCCAGCGCAUUGGCUCUGCCUCGCAGGCCUUAGCAGAAGCUCUGGAGGUCAACGGGUCCGUGACCAGCAUCAACCUUCAGGAGGGUACCAUUGGCGACCAGGGCUGCAAGGCUCUGGCGGAGGCGCUCAGAAUCAACACCUCCAUCGCGGAGCUCAACCUAGCCCGGAACGACAUCGGCGAUGCCGGUGCUAAGGAGCUCGCUGAGGCCCUGAAGACCAAUCGCUCGGUGAAGGUGCUCUCUCUGCUCCGCAACGAUAUCGGAGAUGCAGGAGCUGAGGCCCUGGCGGAGGCCCUCACCAUCAACAGCUCCAUCACGAAGGUGGACCUGAUGUUCAAUAGCAAGAUCGGCGAAGUCGGGAAGAAGGCCCUUGCGGAAGUUCACCAAGUGAAUCACUCCGUGCACAUUCUUCUGGGCUAG